CAUGGCUGUAGCCAAGGCGAUGUUGUGUUUACUUCCGGGUUGUCGGGUCGCAAAACAAGAGGGACGACACACGCCCAUGACACCGAGCAAAGCGGAUUAAAGUGCCGUAAAGAUGGCAGGGGAGGCGGAGGACGAGAUCCCUGAUUCUGGAGCAGUUUUCACAUUUGGAAAGAGUAAAUUUGCAGACAACGUUCCUAGUAAAUUUUGGCUUAAAAACGACAUUCCUCUGAAAAUAGCGUGUGGGGACGAACACACCGCUUUAAUAACGGUGAUUGUGUUUGUCGUCACAGAAAAUGGCAAACUCUUUAUGUUUGGCAGCAACAACUGGGGCCAGCUUGGUCUGGGGUCCAAAGUAACGGUGAACAAGCCCACUUGUGUCAAAGCUCUGAAAUCACAAAAGGUGAAUCUCGUAGCCUGUGGAAGAAAUCAUACGCUCAUUUGCACGGCUCAGGGAUGCGUGUAUGCCGCAGGCGGCAACAGCGAGGGUCAGCUGGGACUUGGUGACUGUGAGGAGAGGACAUCCUUCCAGAGACUGGAGUUCUUCGAAUCUUGUGGGCCAAUAAGAAUGCUGGCUGCUGGUUCAAACACGUCAGCUGUGCUAACUGAGAGCGGGGAGCUGUUCAUGUGGGGGGACAACUCAGAAGGUCAAGUUGGCUUAGGGAAGGAGAGCCACACCUGCUUGCCACAGGAGGUCAGCGCAGGACAGCAAAUCGUGUGGGUAUCCUGUGGCUACUACCACUCCGCUUAUGUGACAGCGGAUGGAGCACUGUACACAUUUGGAGAACGCGACAGUGGUAAAUUGGGUUUGGGAACAGACCAGCUGUCUCGGCAUCGAGUCCCUCAGCUGGUGAAGACCAUCCCCGAUCCCGUCACUCAGGUGGCCUGCGGUGGCGGGCACACAGUGGCCAUCACAGAGACUGGAGUUUACACCUUUGGCCUGGGUCAGUUUGGUCAGCUGGGACACGGGACAUUCAUAUUUGAGUCACGGCUACCGCGCCCAAUAAAUCACUUCAAGAAGGGCAGAGUCUGCCAAGUGGCGUGCGGCGAAAAUCACACAGCCGUCAUCACAGACAGUGGUCUGCUGUACACAUUUGGUGACGGUAGACACGGCAAAUUAGGUCUGGGAGAAGAAAACUUCACCAACCAGUUUAAGCCAACUCUGUGUCCACGCUUCCUCAAGUACCAGGUCCAGGAGGCUGUUUGCGGUGGCUGUCACAUGCUGGUGCUGGCUCGACCCAGGGAUGCGAGCAGGGGCACUGUGCUUGAAGACAACGACGUGACAGAGGAUUACCUGGAGAGACCGUAUGUGGAGCUACUGGGGGACACGGCAGACACCUCCACCCUGCAGCGGAGUGUCCCAGCCAGGGUUCGCCGGAGGGAGAGGGAACGAUCACCGGACCAGUUUGGGACCAUGUUGAGCACGUUAAGCACCGUCACAUCAGGCGACCUGCAACCACCGCUUCCUGUGUCCGGCCACAACAUCCCGCCUUCAUCAGAGCUAGCCCCCAGAAAGGUGCUCCAUAGCGCUCAUCAACACGGCAACGCUGGGUCAAUCCACAAGGAACUGGCUGACGACCUUGUGGAGAGCCUGAGUGACACAGACAGCAUGAAAGGUUUGGGAGAAACCACCAAUUUCCUUAACAUGACACAUGUGAUGAAGAUGGACCCUGGCAUUAAAACCCUCACACUUUCUCCAGUUCACAAGAAGAAGGGUAAGGAUGCUAUGACUUUAACGAGUCAGAAAGAGAAACCAUUAAAAGAUGGAAAGGCACUCACCAAGCUUCUCAGGAGCUCAAGCGCUCACUCUCAAAAGAUGAUUAUGGCCAAGCAGAAUAAAGAGAAUCACGUCACAGCCUCCACAAAGCCGAGGGAGGGUGUGAGAGACAUCAGGAAGGUGCCGUCCAGACAACAGCUCGGGAGUCAGCAGUCGAAGGCUGGCAGGAAACUGCAAGCAGAACGUGAAGCGGGUUCUGGAACACAUGUGCACGAUCAAAGCAAACCAAAUACAGUCACGAGUCAGUCGCCAGCCUUCACUUUAAGAGAUGCACUUGAAAUGAGCCCUAGGGGGAGAAAGAACUCAAAAUCCAAAAAUCCCAAAGCAUCAAAGAAUGAGACAAACAAAAAGGAACUACCAAAGUCCGAAAACUCUGAAGAAGUGCAAAGUUUACCCCUGCUUGCUGGAGCGGCUUUGUUGCUCCAGGAGGUGGUGGCAUUCAGCUCGCCUCUCCCAUCUGAGAGCAGCCGCCACGCCACCACAGACAGAGUCACCCCGUCGGCCAAGCAUCACGCUACGGAGAGCAUCAGCAGCAGUCCUGUCGCCCACAGUCAGACAGCCGAUCAAAGAGGAAGACAAAACAUGAAGGACUCUGGCACCCAGGAUGAGGAGGAGGAAGACCAGCAUGGGCAGACAAGCGCAGGUGCAAGUGAGGAAGAGGAAGACCAUGUGGAGAAGGGGUCAAGUGCAGAUGCAAGUGAGGAAGACCAGAAAGGGAAAGGAACAAGUGAGGAAGAAGAAGUCCAGAAAGGGAAAGGACCAAGUGAGGAAGAGGAAGACCAGAAAGGUACAGGACCAAGUGAGGAAGAGGAAGACCAGAAAGGGACAGGACCAAAUGUGGAUGCAAGUCAGGAAGAGGAGGCUGAGACGGGACCGAGUGCACAUGCAAGUGAGGGAGAGGACCAGAACAAGAAGGGAUCAGAUACAAGCGAAGAGGAAGAGGGGGAGGACGAGGAGGAAGAGGAGGAGCAGGCCAGUCGUGAGAAAGUCAGCCAAGCGGAUGACAGCGACACUCUUCAGCCAGGAAGCCAUAAGUCAGGAACGGAUGACAUGGAAGAAAGCGAAAGUGCUCAAGAGGAGGAAGAAGAAGAGAAAACAUCUGAGAGGGACAGUGAGGAUGAAGAGGAGGAGAGCCAGGGUGGGGGCGUCCAAGAAGAGACGGAGGAAGAUGAGGAAGAGUCUAGCCUUGAAUCUGAAAGUGAAGAAGAGUCUGAAAAUGACAAGGACAUUGAGGAAGAAGAGGAGUCUGCGUCUUCAGAAGGCAGCGUUGAAGGUGAGGAAGAAGAGGAACAUAGUGAGGAAGCAGGAAACAAAAAUGAAAGUGAAGAAGGUGAGGAAGAGGAGGAGGAGACUGAAAACGAAGAGCAGAGCGAGGAGGAAGAGAGUGAAGAAGAGGAGGACGAGGAAAACAGUGAAGAAGAGGAAGAUGAGGAGGAGGAGGAAGACAGCGAAGAAGAGGAGCAAGAAAGUGAGCAAGAAGAAGAAGAAGAAGAGGAGGAGGAGGAGGAGGAGGAGGAGGAGGAGGAGGAGGAGGAGGAGGAGGAGGAGGAGGAGGAGGAGGAAAAGGUUGUCAAGAAGAAAAAAUCUAAUGUCAGAAGUGCAAAAAAACAUGGUGGGCCAAAGUCGCGGGUCAAAGGUCAUGCAGCUGGAGAGUCUGAGGAGUUCUGGGACGAUGUUCUACCUCAGUACCUCAACCUGAAAUAACAUACACGUACCAUGGAUGUACUGUACUUGCUGUGUUCUUUUCAAUAAACCUUCCUCUCAUUGCAUGAAAUGCUUUUCAUAAAGUAGCCACUUGCAAUAAUAAUAAAUGCCACAUCAAUGAUGCUCCCAGGGGAACACUUUUGAUUGGUCGCUUACAGCAGCAGGUGGGACUUUUUUUUUCCUCCAAUCAUAUUAGCGAUUCUCGUCCCCUCUGUAGUUGUUGUGUGUAGUCUCUCCAUCCCAUAGUAGUUCCAGCUCCACAUCAAAACACUGAUGCUGUCCUUGUUUUUGGUUCUUUAAUAUACCCCCUU